GCGGACUGCGCUCGCCAGGGCGCUGCGGGCGCCGCCCCGCGCGCAGGCGCCGGCCCGGGCGGGCCGGGUUGUUUGUGACGGCGUCACCGGCGGCGGCGGCCGCGGCCCCUCGUCCGUGCCGGGCCCCGCCAGGGCCGCGCUCAGAGCAGUGAAAUUGUGUGUCUUGCAUAUUAAAAGAGUCUACUUUUACCUGCAGUGUGCUUUGAAAAUGUCUGAAAAUUCCAGUGACAGUGAUUCAUCUUGCGGCUGGACUGUCAUCAAUCACGAGGGUUCUGACAUAGAGACAGUGACCUCAGAAAAUGGAAGCACAAAUGAUAGCCAUGAGUUUGUUUCAGAAGAAUAUGUUUCUUUGCAAGAAGAGGAGCAGGCAAUUGGUUUGCAAGCUCCAUGCAACAAUAAUGAAGAGAUCCCAGCAGUAGAUAAUACUCUAUCUGGUUUUGAGGAAGCUCAGACAGUUCCAGAGGGAAAUAAAGAAAAAGUUCCUGAUGAUGUGUCCUGCAUUGGAACUGUUAGUGAUGAUUCUGACAUUGUUACACUCGAAGCUCCAAAACCAGAAGAAACUCAGAGUCAGGAGGAAGCUCCAGCUGAGGGUGAAGAAGCUCCAAGUUCAGAGGAUUUUAACAUGGGUUCCUCCUCUAGCAGUCAAUAUGCAUUUUCCCAUGUAGAAACUGUUUUCCCGUCCCAGGCCGGCCCCGACGAGUCGAGCAGCGAUGACAGCAGCGGGCAGGGCGGGCCGGCGCUGCGCAAGCGGCGCCCGCGGCGGCGCGGGGCGGCGGGCGGCGAGCCCGAGGGGCCGGAGGGGCCGGAGCCCACAGCGGGGCCGGAGCCCGCAGCGGGGCCGCCCCGCCAGGAGCAGCAGCAGCAGCGCCGCUUCAGCAGCGGCCUCAACAGGUGCAUCGUCCUGGCGCUGGUCAUCGCCGUCAGCAUGGGCUUCGGGCACUUCUACGGUACGGUGCAGAUCCAGAAACAGCAGCAGCUGGUGACAAAGACACGUGAAUUAAAAGAUCUGAAAGAUGACCUUUACCAGUGCCAACAAGAGCAAGGAGAUCAAGUGCACCACAAAGUGGGGUCACUCAAGGGAGAUGUUGCCACGUGUUUGACCUUUACUGAGGUGGAGAAGAAAUCCUUUGAUUCUCAAAAAAAAGGUCUUGCUGCAGAAAAUCAGCACUUAAGAGAAUCUCUAGAGAAGGAAGAAAAAGCUUUGGCCUCACUUCAGGAAGAACUAAGGAAGCUAAGACAACAAAUUAGAAACUUAGAAGAUAAAGGUAGCAGCACUGAAUCUAUUGUAAUAGAAAAUCAGAAACUAAGGGAGCAUUUGGAAGAGGAAAAGCAAAGGAACAGCAAUUUUCUCAGACAAAAGGAAACGCUCUUUGCAGAGGCACAGAUGUUGAGGAGAGAAUUGGACAAAGAACGUCAUGUUACAGAAGCUCUGAAAAAAGAACUGGAACAGUUAAGUUCUCGUCAGACACCUGACAGUGCUAAUGAUGAUGAUGAGGCAUUAAGAGAAAAUCAAGAAAUAGAAACGCUGCGAGGAAGACUGGUAGAACUAGAAAAAAAGCUAAACUUUGAGCAACAACGCUCUGACUUAUGGGAGAAGCUGUAUGUUGAAGCAAAAGACCAAUCUGAAAAACAAGAAAUUAAUGAAAAUGGACAAAAGAAAGGUGCUAAAGGGCAAAAUAAGAGUAGAAAGAAAUCAAAGGAGACAUUUUUUGGUUCAGUUAAAGAAACUUUUGAUGCUAUGAAAAAUUCCACAAAAGAGUUUGUAAGACACCAUAAAGAAAAGAUUAAGCAGGCUAAAGAAGCAGUGAAAGAAAAUUUGAAAAAAUUCUCUGAUUCUGUAAAGUCUACAUUCAGACACUUCAAAGAUACUACAAAAAACAUCUUUGAUGAAAAAGAGAAGUCAUCAAGUGAUAAAAGAUACGAGGCAAACAAGAAAGCUCGAACUUUUUACCGAGACCAUAACUCCUAUGAGAACCUGAAGCACAUGCAUUACCGGGGACCUCACAUGCCAAAAGAGUCCAGAAAUGGAAGAAAACAUCAUUUUACAACAUUUGAAAAAGAUUCAGAUUCCCAGAAAUGUCUCAAUGAUCAUUUUUGUAACAGAAAACAUCAGUUUGCCCUAAAGGGCUGCUCUGGUAUUUUUGAAUGUGCUCAUCAAGAAUUCAUUAGUCUCUUUAACAGAGUUUCGGAUCCCAUCAGGGUGGAUGAAUUUAAUCGGCUGAUGAGAAAGUAUUUGCAACAAGUUGUACAUAAUUUUCAUCACUGGAGAGAACUAGAAAAUUUCAUCAAUAAGUUUUUUCAUAAUGGAUUGUUUAUACACGACCAGAUGCUGUUCACUGAUUUUGUUAAUGAUGUCAAGGAUUACCUGGAAGAUAUGAAGGAAUACCAAAGUGAUAAUGAGAAGGUUUUUGAGGAUUUGGACAAAUACGUCUACAGAUACUACUUCCAUUAUGAUAAUUCACCCCAGUAUGGACCCAGUCGACCUAAAAGACCCUUUACACAAAGUGAAAAUUCCAGACAUGAAAAACAAGCUCAGAAGUACCAACACCGUAAUAAAAGAGAAGGUAAAUGGCAUAAACAUGGUCGCACUAAUGGAAGACACAUGGCAAAUCUUGAAAUAGAAUUGGGGCAACUACCCUUUGAUCCAAAAUACUGAGUAAUUUAUUGUAAAAAUUAAAAUUCACAUCCUCUCUGGAAACUAAUUCAACAAAGCAGCAAGAUGCAAGGGGUUUUUUUCGGAAUGAUUUGAUUUUUACACAUUUUUGUUAACAGGCAGAAGUCAGGCUUUCUAAUCUGCAUAUUCUGUACCGUUGCUUUAACUGUUCUUUGGAAGUGAAGAUAGUCUGGGUGCCAGCAGUAUUGUUGCAGAAGCUAGGCAUGCCAUGACCUGUGUAUGAAAAAAAGCUUAAUUGCAUUCCAUUAGUGUAGUUAAAGCUUGAGCCAUGCAUAAUGUACCAACUACUAACUCCAGUGUUUGAUAUACUAACUUCAUCUCAUCCUUCAAAAAUAGGUCAACAUUGUGGUAAUGUAUUUGUUAGUGUUUUGUAACCUUAUAUUUGCUUCCUGUCUUUGGGGGGGGGUUCAAGAACCUGUUGAAUUGUGAAGAAUUUGCUGUGCUGCAUUCUAAUCAGCGUGCUGAUUUAAACACUUGAAAUGUCUUGCAUAUCUGCAUAUUGUAGAAGAAAAAUAAAAGAGACAUUGUGGGUAAAAGUCUUUAUUUAUAAAAGAAA